AUGUCAAAGGUACCACCUUCAUCAAGAUCUUCAAAUUCUUCACCUAAAUCGCCCCUUCAACGGCUCAGAAAACGGUUAACUGAUAAUAUUUCUCACAUUUCUACGGGGAACCAUUCUCAUGAUGAACCAAAAUUUCAAUCGUUGGAUGACUUUGACUCUAGUUGGGAUUCGGAGCCGCCAUUGACUCCCCUUACACUUAAAGGAUAUAAGAAGUCGACCAAACGGCAAUUGCUUUCGCAUGAACUGGCAGAGGAUUUACGUCAACACAUUCCAUCCGUACUUCAAAUAAAUCAUAGCUGGACUCUAAGAUAUUCCAUCGAGCAAGAUGGGACAUCGUUGAACACCUUGUAUGAGCGUUGUAAACCUCAGGUAGGUGAAAACAUGAGAAAAAGAAAAGGAUAUUUCAUUGUGGUUAUGGACAACCAUGGUAGUGUGUUUGGAGCAUAUGUUAAUGACUAUUUACGUCCUCAGGAUGGCAAGUACUAUUACGGAAAUGGGGACUGCUUUUUAUGGAAAAGCGAGCAUUACAAAAUCAAAAGAUUAGUAUCCAAUAAGGAUGGAGAUUUGAUAAAAGAUGAUGAUGACAACCAACUGGUCAUGGAGGAUAAUAUCAGGCUCAAGGUUUAUCCGUAUACUUCGAUUAAUGAUUUUAUUAUUUACUCAAAUCAUGAUUUUAUUAGCAUUGGAUCCGGGGGUGGUAAGUUUGGACUUUGGAUAGAUUCUAGCUUUUUGCAUGGAGCUUCAGAUCCAGUGGAUACUUUUGGAAACGAGCAAUUGAGCGAAGAUGAAAAGUUCACAAUUCUUGGCCUCGAGAUAUGGAAGGUUGGUUGA